AUGCGCCUCUCCAUGCCCGAGUCCCCGCUGGACUCGGGCAAGAAAGAAGGGUCGGUAGAGUUGGGGAAAGACAUCAAACAGUUCAUCGACGCAUACCACAAUGAUAUGGACGACUUUGACUGGAACAUACCUCUGGCGCUGUGGUUGUCGCCGAGUCGCGUGUCGUCGCAUAUAUACGAGUCGGUCGCUGAGACGUCCAAGCUGUGGAUCAAGGGUCGCAUUUUCAGUAUCUCCGACCUCGUCGUGGACACCCACAUUAGCCUCCGGUUCGACAAUGCCUCCGUCGCCAGCCUCCGCCUCUCGCCACAGGACUCUUACCGCAAUCACCACCCAGUGACGGGCAGAUUUGUCAUCAUCGAGACCGAGGCGUUUGAGGAGGUGCUGUUUAUGGUGAUUGGGGCGACAGACGUCGGGUCUGAAGAGAUUCAUGGCUGCCUUUGCAACUCGGGAGCCGAGGUCAAGAGGGGCGAGGAACUCGGCAUCUUCCAAGUUGGCGACUCUUCCAUCAUUGUCGCAUUCGAGAACCGGAGGGUCGAGUUCGACCGGGAUGUUGUUGAGACGAGCAGGCAAAAGAUCCAAGUUGCUGUUGAGCUAGGGAUGGGCUUGAGGUGA